AUGAUUGUUGAGAACGUUGUUGGAGAACAGAUUGUGAAGCCUACGGAUACUUUGUUACCUUACCAUGCCCGACCAGAGUGGGCACAGAGAGUUAAAAAGGAAAGCGCUCAACUCAUAAAACAUUUCCACUUGGACCAACUGGAGCAGAUAUCGCAUAGCUCAGGUCGGAAGAGAGCAGGUGAUGGCACAUCGCAAGGCGGACGAGCGAAGGUGACGAAGCCUGAUGCGUCCCAAGUUGAUGCUCGUGAAUUGGCUGAAAAAGGGGAGCUGGACAGCCUUACAGUAGCUCAAUUGCGUGCAGUGAUUGAAGAGCAUCUCGCAUGUACAGUGAAAAGUGGCACAAGGAAAGCCGAACUGGUGUCAAUGCUUAAGAAACAUUUCCGUGUUUAG